AUGUCGGGCGAAGCGCCUUCUCCGGAGGCACCAAAUCCGGAACACCCAGAGAUGAGCCACGAGGAAGUGAUAAAAGAAAAGGAGGAUGCCGUGCUACAACUGCUAGACAAUUUGGCAUCGAUCUCGCAAAAGAUCACUGAGAACAAAGCUGAGCCCUCAGAUAUUGACUUGUCCACAUGGAAUUCCACAUACAAAGGCAUUGAGUAUGACUACGAGAAAUUUUCUACCUACAUCGGCAUCUGCGGCGACACAGGCCUCGGGAAGACGAUGCUACUGAACACCCUGAUUAAUGACACAAUAGACAUCGCGCCAAGUUCCCAGCAGGCCGCCUGUACCGCGGCAGUCUGUUGCUUCCAGAAUCACUAUCCGGAGAGUGGCAAGCCAAAAUUCAUUGCCAAAGUUACAUUCAAGAGCAAGGAAGACGUUGAACAAGAACUGGCAUCCAUGUUCCAAGAAUUGAAAGAUCUCCGCGAUCGAGUGGAAUUGGAAGGUUCAGACGAGAUAAUAAGAAAUGAGGAAGUCCGUUUCCAAGAGCAAAUCAAGGUGAUUAGCGGAUGGUCAGGAUUCAGUCCUGCUCAGGUGAAAGAGCUUGGCUUAUCGGAUCAAAUUGAGGAAAUCACAAGCUGUUGCGAGAAUGCGAACAUGCUUUUCAAUCUUUCUCAGCCCAACAUGGCUAAGCAGAAAAAGAUCAACGCGGAUAACCCUCAAAGGUUCUUGCGAGAAGUGACGCCCUUUGUGGGCUCUGUUUCGAAUGCAAAGCGAGGACAACUCCGGUGGCCACUUGUCGAGCUCGUCAGAAUCUGGCUUCCGUCUCCGCUUCUCUCCAGAUGCCUAGGCCUAAUAUUGGUUGAUCUGCCUGGCCAAAUGGAUGCUCUGGAUUCCCGUUCGCAGGUUGCUAGAGGAUAUUACGACAAGCUCGACAAAAUGCUUAUAGUCACUCCGGCUGACAGAGCUCAAGACAACCGAACGGCCACGGAACUCAUCUGCAUUUACGAUUUAGAAGUAAGUGGCAAGCUUGAUGAUGACUCAAUCGCUAUCAUCAUCACCAAGGUUGAUCAACUCGACUGGGAAAAAUAUGUGAAUACAGAGGCAGAUCCAGAUUCUAUCAGCCUAUCUUUUGACUCAGAUAGAAAUCUCUACGAGGAUAAGUCUGAACGAUUGAGAGAUCUACAGGAAAAAAUAGUCUCUCUUAAGGCCGAAGACAAUGGGUGCCCUGAACCUAUUUCUGGAAAUUACUCUUUAAAGCGUGCGGUCUAA